GAAGGUCUGUCAUUUGAGACGAGCAUCCUUGCUCAUUUUAUUUCAUGAAGUAUUUAAGUGACGUCUUUCCUAAAUAACAGAAACAGCAAUAUUAUUACCAAUAAUCUAGCAACAACGGAGAGCAACACAGGUUAUUAGGACCACGACUGUCGCAAUCCUGUUUUAUUUACGGAAAUGCUUGGUGGACUCUAGCAGGUGCUCCGACAUCCGGAAAAGCAGGAAAUUGACAGGAGAGCGAGCAUAUAAAACAGGUGUAGCGCAUUCCUGCACAUCAUAAUACUGUCAGGGUGCAACCCGCGAACUGGGGUCUGCUGUAGCAUUAUACACGGCAAGCCUGGUGUUGGGCAUGGAGCUGUUGUAUCCGAGCUCCACCUGUCAGUUAAAUUAAACAUGUUCUAGUUGUACCUUUUUCUUCACGACCACAGCAUCCAGGAAGCGUUUUUUUUUCUCACUCUUCUCCCCUGUCCCGUUGUUGCAUUGGACUACACUGCCAGCAUGCACUGCGAGAGCCGGUGUAUUUGGAUACAGUGCAAGCAGUAGCAGCUGACAGCUUAGGAGAGUGAAUGGAACAUUGGAAAAAUAUACUGCAUACAGUCAAAUAGGGGGAUUGUAAACGAACUGCAACACACACAGCAGAAAACAUCAUAUUGAAAACGUUAAUCUUGGUUUGAAGAAAAAAAAAUACAUGUACGAGGCAGGUGUGAAAAUGUGAGUGCGCGAUAGGAGUUUUUUUUUUUUUUUUUUUUUUGCAACAACAGCGUCGUUAAUCGAAGCAGUGGGUGAGCUGGCGACAGAGCUGGCAGUAAUCGUUGUUGAAUUAUUGUCAUGAAGAUGGUGGAUCCGUGGUAUGGCUGCUGGUUAAAGCGAGGAAUGAACACAACAUUACCGAUGGGUUGUAUUUUAACUUCGCCAGGGAAACAAAUGGUCCACCUUUCAGAUUCCUGCCUGGGUUGGGAUAACCAAUAAACAGUCAAUACGGACUGAAGAGUGUAGCGAAAGGCGUUUGGGAAAAAUAAUACAACCCAGGCUGUAUAGCUUUUUUGAUCUUCUCAUAACUGUACAGUAUAGGAAUGCUUAGCUGUUGUGAAGUGAGAGAGAAAAAAAACUGAUAACAUAUUGCAAAAACACUGGAAUAGCGAUAUAUGUAUUUAUUACAUAUAUUCAAAAUCUCAGGGACAGAUUGGAGGUCUGAAAAAGAUGAAAACUGCAAUAUUUCUUGUUUUAGUUGCAACGCACAAAACCUGUGAAAAAGGGAAAUGCAAGGAAGGUGUAUGUGCAGUUCUGAGUAGGGCUGCUUUUAUUACGUUUUACGUUAGACUUCGCUAAAAUAAGAAGAAAUCAUUAUUGCGUUAUACAGAACAACUACACAGAAAUGUAGUGCCGAUGUUAAAUGACCGAACAUUUAAGAUUAUUUUUAAAACAAUGACAAGGCAGGGAGAAUUGUUUUGAAUUGAGAAUUUGUAGAUGGCUGCUGCAGUUUAUAUUAUAGAAUGUUGUUGACACUGGUUACCUUGUACAGCGCUAAGGCGAAAUGAAGACCGCGUUAGCUGCUUAAUGUUGGGUUUCAAGACUAGGUGAUUAUGUUUGGCCUCAUCUUCCCAGAGAAGGUACUGUUUGUAAACUGCUGAUUCUGAAAAAAAAAAUUCUAGUGUAAGAGAACAAGAAACGAUGCAGUAUAUUAAGAGGGACAAUUUAGAAGUGCAAUUUAGAGUUUUCUAAUUUAUAUGAAUGUAUUUAAUAUAUUGGUUCGUUUUAAAUACAAAGUCAAGGUGUGCUGUCAGUGGCAUUUCAGGAUAUUGCAAGCUUGUAUUUGUAGUGCAUUAUAGAUUGUAUUGGUAAACGAUUGCAUCUGUUAAGUCCUGUAUCAUUUGUUUUCCUUUGUGUACAGAGUAGGUUUAAACAUCUGCUUUUAAAUACAGCAUAACAUGUGCAAUUUCUCUUAAACAAUACACCAAGGAUUGAGCCAGCAGGCAUGGAUGGAAUACUGCAUGUUCCUUGUUUAACCCCUCGAGUUCGUCCUGCAAAGUGAAGGAGGCAGCAAGGAACCUAGAGGAUACUUUCAAUUGACACCUCAACCACAGCAUAGACAACUGCACACAAAACAAUGGGAUUCUCCUCAGUGGAUGUGUAGACACCCUCCUCCACCCAAAAAAAAAAACCUUCAAUAAUAAUCUCACUUGUAAUAAUGGAACGAUUUCUAACGUGUGUCCGUUAUUUCUGUUGAAGUCCCCUCACUGGAUUCUCAGAGACAUGUGCAAUCUAAUUUAUUUGCACCCUAACCCAGCAGGCUCAUUGUCACGAUGGCUAAUAAAAUGAGCUGCCCGUCCUCUCUGUCGCCUUCCUGUAAUAGUGGGGGAAGCAUUAACAGGCACGAUCAACAGCAUGGGGAUGGGACUUCGAGUACGACUGAAAAUGGCAGUUGUAAUUCGUCCACGUUUUCCUCCAGUUCACCGGACCACCCCCAGCACACCGGCCCUGCCGCGCUCUGGACUGCGGUGUUUGACUACGAAGCGACGGCCGAUGAAGAGCUCACCCUCUGCAGGGGGGACCUGCUGGAGGUGCUGUCCAGAGACUCCAAUGUGUCCGGGGAUGAGGGCUGGUGGACGGGCAAAAUCAAGGACAAAGUCGGCAUUUUCCCCAGCAACUACGUCAUCUGGGAUCCCAACUACACCAAAAUCCACGGCAGUUUAAUGAAAGAGUGCCCCUUACCUCUGGAGAUUGAUUUCCAAGAGCUGCGUUUGGAAGAGAUUAUUGGGGCUGGCGGCUUUGGGAAAGUUUAUAAAGGCAUCUGGCGAAGUGAGGAGGUGGCGGUGAAAGCAGCCAGGCAAGAUCCCGACGAGGACAUCAGUGUCACCGCGGAGAACGUCCGGCAGGAGGCCAAGCUGUUCUGGAUGCUCCGGCACCCCAACAUCAUUGCGCUGAAAGGGGUGUGUCUGAAGGAACCCAAUCUGUGCCUGGUGAUGGAGUAUGCCCGCGGAGGGGGUCUUAACCGAGCCCUCUCUGGCAAGAAGGUGCCCCCGCGGGUGCUGGUGAACUGGGCUGUGCAGAUAGCCAAAGGGAUGAGCUACCUUCACAAUGAGACCAUCGUGCCCAUCAUUCACAGAGACCUCAAGUCCAGCAACAUUCUGAUUCUGGAGCAGCUGGAGAACGACGAGCUCUCCAAUAAGACCCUGAAGAUCACUGAUUUCGGCCUGGCCCGCGAGUGGCACAGGACCACCAAGAUGAGCGCCGCGGGGACCUACGCCUGGAUGGCCCCCGAGGUCAUCAAGCUGUCCCUCUUCUCCAAGAGCAGCGACAUCUGGAGUUUCGGGGUGCUGCUGUGGGAGCUCUUGACUGGGGAGGUUCCCUAUCGUGAGAUCGAUGCCCUGGCUGUGGCCUACGGAGUGGCCAUUAACAAGCUGACCCUGCCAAUCCCUUCCACCUGCCCAGAGCCCUUUGCCAGACUGCUGGAAGAGUGCUGGAGCCCCGACCCACACCACAGGCCCUCCUUCAGCACCAUCCUGGAGCAGCUGCUGUGCAUCGAGCAGUCGGCCAUGUUCCAGAUGCCCCUGGAGUCCUUCCACUCUCUGCAGGAGGACUGGAGGCUCGAGAUCCAGCAGAUGUUCGAUGAGCUGCGCACCAAAGAGAAGGAGCUGCGCAGCUGGGAGGAGGAGCUGACGCGUGCCGCUCUGGAGCAGAAGGAGCAGGAGGAGGCGCUGCGCAGGCGAGAGCAGGAGCUGGCUGAGCGGGAGAUCGACAUCGUGGAGCGGGAGCUCCACAUCAUCAUCCACCAGAUGUACCAGGAGAAGCCCAAGGUGAAGAAACGCAAGGGCAACUUCAAGAAGAGCCGGCUGAAGCUGGGCAAGGACGGCAACCGCAUCAGCCUGCCCUCAGGUUUUGAACACAAGAUCACCGUACAAGCGUCUCCCAGCGUUGACAAGCGGAAAGGCCAGGGCCCGGACCGCUGCAGCCCCCCAGGCAGCCCUGUCAUCAUCCCUCGGCUGCGGGCGAUCCGAUUGACCCCCAGCGACGGCAGCAGGACGUGGGGGCGCAGUGCGGUGUGUAAGAAGGAGGACCUGGCUGCCAACAAGAAGAAGGUGCGCACCUGGAGCCCCAGCUCCACACACCAGAGAGAACGCAUCGGAGGAGAAGACAGGUUGAAGUCCCUGGGGGAGGGGUGUAAGCAGUGGUCGUCCAGUGCCCCCAACUUGGGCAAAUCCCCCAAGCAUGUCCCAAUCUCUGGGGGAUUCGCCAGCCUCAACGAGAUGGAAGAGGACUAUGAUGCCAGCUCCCCUCAGACGAACCCCCCAGACGAGGCUGACAGUAAUGGGAUGGAGGAGGACAGCGUGCCCCUUCCCUCCAGCUGCACCCCCACAGACUGCCAUCGCCGCGGUGCCCAGCGCAAGAAGAACAGCCUAGUGCUGCUGGGCUGUGCCUCCAUACUGGCCUCCAUCGCCCUCGGCAACGACCUUCUCCAGCUCGGCCGACAGCAGAUGUCCCAGGACGAGUUGGAAACCAAGGAGGAGAAGAAGAAGAAGGAGGGUCUGUUCCAGCGGACAGGGCGCUUCCGCCACAGCACCAGCGCCGCCAGCAGGAGAGAGGAGUCCGUCCUGCCUUCCCUGGAGCUGUCCAGCUCAGUCACCCUGCUGUCCCUGUCCUCGCUCUCCGACUGCAACUCCACCAAGUCACUGCUGCCCUUCGAGAGCGAGGACCUCUCCGCCACCAACCCCCUGCUGGACCUCAAAACUGAGAGCUUCAAGAGAGACCCCAGGCAGUCCCUGACCCCCACGCACGUGAGCGCCGCCCAGGCCGUGUCGCGAGGGCACCGGCGCACCCCGUCGGACGGGGCGAUUCAGCCCCGGGUCCAGACCCCCACCCACCGCAGGACUCCGUCUGACGGCAGCGUGCCGGUCCUCCCUGACACAGGCUCCAGGGAUGUGGAGGUCCCCCGCUUGCCCGACCCCUCUACGCUGUUCCCCCAGGUCCCGCGGCGGAGGCCUCCCCUCGAGAAGGACACUGCGGCGAUCGAGAGGCCCAAGACGCUGGAGUUUGCACCGCGGCCACGCCCCUCCUCCGGCCGGGCCAGGAUCGACCCCUGGAAGUUGGUGUCGUUCAGACGGACGCACAGCUCCUCUCCCGGCAGCAGCUGUGACAGCCCGCAGGCCUCAGAGGAGCCAGUCCCAGCCAGACAGACCCUGCUGGACAUAGACAUGGAUGGACAGAGUCAGGACAGCACUGUCCCGCUGUGCAAGACCGCCCAAGCGCUGAGCUAACUGAGCCUUAACCCCUGAGCCUGGAGAAAACGUGACAGCUGCAGCGUGGAGAGAUGACUUUAAGCAAGCAUCGCAGCAGUCCAGCUGGUCUUCAGUGAAACCACUAUUAAAAUCGUAGUGCUGGAAUGCAUGGUUUUUUCAUGUACUUUCAAUUUUAACCUAAUAUUAGAAUAUUCUUACAUUUUACCUUUAAAACUAUAAUAUUACAGUAAAAUAAACCUGGUAUGCCAGUAAAUUACUCAUUUACAAAAAGAGAAAAACACAGUGUGUUUGUUUUAUUUAUGCAUUAAUGUUCAUUUUAAGCCUUCAAUGUCUUUUUGAUACAGUCUUUUAUAGAUUCUAGUAUAUAAACUAAUACAAAUAUGGUCAUUUUUGCCACAGAAUACAUUCCAAGCAGUGUUUGUUAAAGCAUUCAAAUAGAAAUACGGGUGUUUGUUUUUGAGUAGGGUGAACAUAAUCCUGCCUGGGUAACAGAAGCAUAAAAACAAAUGAAGGGUCUUAUCCGGAGUCUGCUGAACUGUGAGGGAUAGGCUGAAGACAUUAGUGAUGUGCUGUCCUGUUUUCAUCCUUUUGAGAUUAUAUGGGUGAAAAUCUGCAUGGCUGGCAGAGCCAUCACUCACUGGUAAUGGAAAAGGAAUUCACUUUGAAACACCCAUUCAAGAUAAACUCUGUGAAAAACAUGUUGGUAUCUCUAUGCUGCUACAAGAUUACAAUAGAAAUGUUAGUUAAGGUCGUUGAACCACAGUUAGAUUUUAAUGAAAAAAAAAAGGUCCUUAGUCUGUUAACUUCCAACUGUCUUUGACCUGUUGAGAACCGAGCAACAGCUGAAUUUGUGAAGUCUCCUUCAUCGUCCACAAGUAGUGGUUUAAGAAAUGGGCAGUUGUUCUUCUGCACUGCUGGAUGCAUCAGAAAUGGACGAUUCCAUUUGCUGGUCUUCAGUAUUCAUUUUGUUUUAAGAAUUCAUUGUGACCAAUGU